ACUCAGUGUAAAUAAUGACAGACGAUGGAGGUGGAAAAUGUCAGGUUCUCGUAUCUUUUACGAGACAGAAACGUUAUAAUACUGUUCCUGGUAGUGCUCUUAAUUAGUAUCAUCAUAUCUGCUUCCAUUAGUGUGUUAGUGGGAGUUUUGCUGGUCUUCUCGCUUCUUACCGGGCUCCUUCUGCCUUUUAUAAUUUUUCGUGACGGCAGACAAGUCCCCAACCUCCUAGCAGUAUUCACCGGGACAGAAAACCCCGACACGAAAGGGGAGAUACCGCGGUCGUGCUCGGUGUGCGGCGGAGAGCGAUGUCAGCGUCAACACCCGACCACGUCGUUACAGAUAUCUGCCCACACGCACGUCAACUUCACCGUACCGCAGAGCAUUGACGAAGCUUUAGAGGAGCUGUUAAACUUAGCCCUGGACCACCAUGUGUACAGCUGGUACAGAGAAAUCUCCAUCCACGAACAGCUGGCAGAUGAAAUCCGUUACAUCAUCAGAUAUGCUGUGGCGGUCGUGGCUAGUAAACUGGCAAAGGUCGACUUAACAACAGUGAUCAUCGACCGCUUACUACCGGCGCUAAUAAACCACCUGGAUGCAUACGUCGAGGGCAGCCGGAGAGUUCGCGGUAAUAUUUCUUCAGAAGCGGCAGUUAUUCAGUACCUGAGAGCGGGAGGCGGGCUGCACCGGGCGGUCAGGUCACGUGAGGAUGAAACGGCUUACCUGAGAGGUCUUAUUGGCACUGUUGUUCCGUCACUUCUGCCCACCAAGUACCAGUCUAGCAGGUUGGGACGUGCUUUUUUAGAGGAGCUGUUAGGUAGAGUCUUAUUACUUCAGGCUUUGGAUCUCUUAGCCAACCCCGACACACUCAACCUUCUCUUCCUCCUCCUUCUGAGUCGAGAUUCAUCGCCUUGGUUACCUCACAAGCCCGAGCCAGAGGUCCUGCUGCUUAAGAAUUUCGCCUCCGUCAACACACAUCCACGUAACUCAGUCCUGAGAAGCAACUUGUCGUCAGUGUUGAAGGAUCAGAGUUUACUGUACUUGUUCCACACUUUCCUGAAGGAGGAAGGAGCCAUCAACAACCUCCAAUUCUGUCUUGCUGUUGAGGACUUCAACCGUCACAUCCUGGACCCUGACCUGACUUCUGAACAACUGGAACAGCUCCACCACGAAGCUCUGGAACUCUAUCAUACCUACAUGGUGUCCUCGGCCGUGGAUCGCAUCAACUUCCCCUCACACAUCGUUUCUCACAUUAGAGAGAUCGUGCACGGUGAGGUGAAGGACAUUGUCAAGUUGCGUACCACUCGUCCUCUGUUCCAAGCCUAUGAACACGCGUACAACUUGUUGGAGCGGGAGUACUUGCCACUCUUCAUGCAUAGUCAUUCAUAUUUUGCUCACCUGUGUGGAACAAGAAGCUCUCAAGGAUACCAGAAAAAUGCAUCUAGGGAGGUUGAUCCUCAUCCCAGGAAGAACGUAGGUAAGGUAGUAGCCAAGAAGGUGGGUAGUGGUCUAAAACACAUCGGCAAACAGAUGGUGCUGAGGCCUUCGGUUGUGAUGGGUGAGGACAACCACGACCUCUGUAGUAUUGACGAAGCCGAUGACAUAUCUAUAUUAUUGGCUGAUGAGGUGGGUGGCAUGUCCCAGUCAGUCAGUAGUCUGGAAGGCCUCACCUCGAGUUUCCGUGACUUGAGUGCGUGGAGGGUGAGUAUUCCCCGCAUAGAGCAGCGCGUCGACCACACCAACAAGCCUUAUUAUGCUUUUAUUGUCGACGUCACUAGGAUUGAUGUAACAGGAGCUGAACUGCCGGAGGAGGUGCACUGGGAGGUGGAGAGAAGGUACCACGAAUUUUAUAUCUUGGAGAAUAAACUGACAGAAUUUCACGGAGAUUUUCAAGAUAAUCAGUUGCCUCCGCGACGUUCACUCUUCACAUCAAAAGACAUUGGCUUUAUGCAGACACGUAGACAGCUAUUUGAGGAAUUCCUGCAGAAGCUACUACAGAAGCCAGCACUGAAAGGCUCCCAACUAUUAUUCUUGUUUCUGAAAACCAAGGAUGAGUUCACCAACACUUACUUACCUGACGUGUCUAUCGGCCGCCUAAUACGUGACGUACCGCGCAAACUGAUGAAGGAGCGUGGGCAGCACCUGGAUGCCUUCAUCAAUGUGUUUCUCUCCUCAACCAUCACACUCAACAAAAAAAACAAGUUGGAGUUGGAUGAUAUGUCAUAUGGUGGGGACCAGUCAGAAGGCUCCCUCUCAGCCAGUUCUCUCCUGAACACUUUGUUUGGGGAUAAUGCCCAGAGUCUGCCAACACCCCUUCAUGAACCUGCCCCUCCACCACCUGCCACCAUGAGUGUUGUCGGGGUGUUUGAUACAGUCCUCUACCUGGUGGUGCGUGUGUAUGGUCUGUCAAUCAGUGCCCUGCGUUGGCUCAUGUGCGUGAGACUGUUGACCAGAAGCACGCUGGAUGCGGCUGUUGCAUGGUUCUUGAGGCGCAAGUUGGCCUUGGCCCUCGCCCCACCACGUAUUGUUAAACUCAUCCAUCUUAUUCGAGAUGCACUGUUUGUAGACCCUCCAUCAGAACGCACAGAAGCAGAUCACAGGAACAGGGAGAAGGAACUACGGAAGGAAGUGGUGAUGUUGUUACCCACGUGGCUACAACGCCUUCUCUUCACUCAAGAUCUUUACACUGAGGGAGCAAACACUUUGGUCACCCUCUUCCAACAGCCGGUUCUUAAUAAGCAGCUGUCGUACGUCUUACUGGAUGCUGUGCUGGAUGAGCUGUUCCCAGAGUUAACUUGUGAUUCAGAACUGUCGCCGUUCCUCACGAGCUGAGUGAGUUUUACUGGCAACGUCCUCCUCCUCUCAUUCUCUCACUCAUUGACAAGUAUGGCAACAUUUUCGGGUUCUCGUUUACUUCGCCUCUGGUAUGUGAAAGAGUAAGUUUGAAGUGAACAUUCGUGUGUGAUGUGUGUUUAAUAAGUGAAGUUAUUGUUAAGGCGUAGAUUUUUCACGUUUUUCUCCACUGUGUUACAUUCCUGAAUAAUAAUAAUAGUUUUAAGUACACUACAGCACACUGUCUGUAACUCUAAAGUAUUAUAUCGACUGGUCAAUAGUGUAAAACAAAUUGCUCCAUUACAUUGAUAGGCAAACAGUGUAACACAAAUCACUAGUGACCUUCCGUAAUGAAACACUAGUGACCAAAACAAAUCACUAGUGACCUUCCGUAAUGAAACACUAGUGACCAAAAUACUCAUGCAACUGUAUUUUCAAGAACAAAGGAAGUGUUAUUGACUGUAGCAUGAAAUUUAUAUAGAUAGUGAUAAUACUGUAAAAUUUUAAUAAAAAUAAAGGGAAGAUAGUGAAGACAAAAUUUGAGUUAUAAUAGAGAAAGAUAAUGAUGACAAAGUUUUAAUAGUGAACUUGAGUUGUGUUGAUAAUGGAGGAAGAAGUGAGUUUCAGGAACAUCAGCUUGGGUGUUAAUAUUAAGCUGUAUAUGUAAAGCUAAACCAAAAAAGCUUAAUUAUUUUCUCCCAAAAGUCUUUCUAAUCAAGUUUGGUUUAGUUGGCAUUAGUAUAAGUACUGUACAGUAAUCUCCCCAUUAGCUGAAACAAUUGGUUUGAGAAAUUUCCGAGUAUUGAGACGAAUUAUCUUAUUCCGGGAAAAAUCGCACAUCCCUGGAAUUUUUCCUGGCAUUGGUGAAUGUUUUUACAUCUAAACUUCACAACUCACACGGAACACCAUUGCUACAGAGGCUUAACUGCAGUGUCACAGACACAGAGCUGUAUUUAUUCAUGCAAACACUACUGUACACAUUGUACAGUAUAUUGUAAAUAAACAAAAUACUGUAUACAAUUGUAUACUGUACUCACCAGCAGAUGCUGUUGUUUUGAGCUUGUG